CCACAUACGAUAUCAUCAAUAGCAUCGUAAAAACCGGCCCUUGCAAGAGAGAGAGAGAGAGAGAGAGAGAGAAAAGAAAAACCUUCUUCUCUCUUUUUCUCUCAAAGAGAGAAAAACCCAUGUUGGAAAAGCUGUAAUUUUGAGCGUAGAUCGAGAUGGGCACACCAAAAUCAGAUCAGAAGAGGCCUGAUGGGCUUAUAGAUGGCUUCUCUGCAACCUCUCCUACAAAGAUCUUCUGGAAUUCUAGAAAACGAACUGCCAAUGGCCAGAGUUUGGACCAGGUGAUGGAGGAAAGCCUGAAAGAAGGUAGCAAAACUGAUGAUCCAAUGGGAGCCACAGAAAAAAUGGAGGACAAAACACCUGUGCUCUCUGAUCGUCGAAAGGCACUCUUUGAACCAUUGGAGCCAACAAACAUCUCGAAUGAGCGACGGCUGCGGCCGUCGGCAGAAACAUUGCUCCCACCGCCGGAUUUUGAUGAUGCAUCUUACCCGCGCGGCUGGCUCGUCGGGAAGAAACGGAAGUUGGUUAAUGUGGACGUUGUCGAGAGCAUGCGGCGGAUUGCAGUUCAAGAAAUGAACAGGAAGAGAGAUCGACGGCCUGAACGAGCAGUUGGAAGAAGAUGCGCGGUGCCUGGAACACCUGCAGCUGCAGCUUCUGCAAGAAAAAAGCAAGCGGGCCGAUGUGGAGAGGGAGAAAGCCCUGCUUAAAGAACAGGUAUCAAUGCUGAUGAGCAUGCUGCAGGAGAACGAAAACGACAUAGGAAUGGACGACGAACAUGGGCCGUCGGAUGAUUCUUGAUCAUGAUAUAUCUUUAUUCUUUAGUAAGUGGAUGGUGAAGCUUGCAUAUGCAUUACAUAUGGAUAUCAGUGUUGGGAUUGUAUUCUUCUUGUUCAUUUGUAUACAUUACAGGUUGCUGUAUGGAGUUGGAGAAGAUUGCAUGCACAUAUAUGUAAUAGAUCUCUUAUUUA